UGCCGUAGCUGGGAUCGACCGUCUCUAGUAAGAACCAUCUCCAAUCCCAAGUCCAAUACUAGCAAUCAUGGGCGGGCCGGUCAAGCGAAUCACGCUCUUCAAAGUGAAGAACCAGGACGAUAUUCCGACGAUAUUGGACCAGUACAAGGACGUGAAGACCAAAGCCUUGAAGGACGGAAAGCCUUACAUCCUCGCAAUUCAAGCCGGACCGACUCACGACGACCCUCGAUCCAUGGGCUACAACUUCUGCGCGUACACAUCAUUCGCUAGCCUCGAAGAUAUGCAGUACUAUGACACUCAAUGUGAGGCACACGCAGCCCUGAAAGCGGUGUUGAUUCCACUGGUUGCACCACCACCGAUGACGGUGUACCUGGACGUGGAGAAGAGUGUAGGAGGGCAGUAAUUAAUUUGGGUC